AUGAAGGGGCUGUCACCUACCAACAGCCUCCUGCUGCUACUGUUGCUCCUGAACCCAGACCAUGGAGAAGAAUUGCCACUGCCUUCCAGCACUAACUGCUGCACUCAGCUCUACCGACAGCCUCUGCCAAAUAAGCUACUGAGGAAAGUAAUCCAGGUGGAAAUGCAAGAGGCUAAUGGGGAUUGUCACCUUCAGGCCUUUGUACUUCACCUGUCUCGACGCAGCGUCUGCAUCCACCCCCAGAACCGCAGUUUAGCCCGGUGGUUUGAGCGCCAAGGGAAGAGGUUCCAGAGGAAUCUGCCCAUAUGA